UAACCACCAACACUAAUCACAUCCAGUAAUAUAGAGGAAGUUAGCAUUGCGUUGCAGAAGGUGUUAAGAAAGUGUAAAACACCAACACACAAGAUCCUGUCUAAAGAGGAAAUUUGAGCAACAACAGCUAAGAGAAGUCCACUAGAACAUUUCUCAGUGUGCUGGAAAGAGCAAAAGAAGAGUAGAAGUGAAGUGAAGCUCCAGUCCACAAUGAAGAUCCUCCUCAUCUUCACCCUCUCCCUAAUAUCAGGUCCAGUGGGCUGUGUUGAUGUGACUGGCUACUCAGGAGGAAGCAUCAUUUUAAUCUCUAAUCUCUACUGGGGUUCAGCAAAGAGUAAUUAUAUUUGUAAGGUGGAAAACAGAGAAUGCACAGAUAUAAUACGUUUGGACCCUGGAAAGAACCGUGGUCAAGUGGAAAGAUUCAUGCUGUAUAAAAACACAGAAGGAUUCUUGACAGCGUUUAUCAGAAAGCUGAAGCCACAGGAUGCUGGAAUGUACAGAAUGGGAGCAGGAACUCAGAGAUACACUGAUGUGACCCUGAAAGUUGUUAAUGAUUCUUGUUGUGCGGGGCCAAAAAUAAUGAACGCUUAUCGAGGACAGAAUACCAGCAUCAUCUGUAACUAUCCAGCGGAGUAUGAGAGAGACUAUAAAUAUAUCAUGAAACUUGGUAAUGACAGUGUUAUUAAAGCCAUUCUAGAUCCUGGAUCAAAAUCUCAGAACAGCAGAUUCUCCAUUUCUGAUGACAGCAGUGCUAAAGUUCUCAGUGUGAACAUCAGUGAUGUGAGAGAAGCUGAUGAUGGAGUUUAUUUAUGUGUAGGGUAUAACAGAGUGGACUCAGUCCCCUAUUUCUCCUACUUCACAGAGAUUCAACUGCAUGUUAGAGCAGCACUGACAGCGAGCCCAUUUAAUGGAGUGCAUUCCAGUUCUUCCCCUGUUAUCAUCAUCAGUGUGUGUGUCUGUGUGGCUCUGCUGCUGAUUGGAGGAUUGGCACUGAUAAUCUACAAACUGAGACCCAAGAGAACACAAGGUUCAACACCUUCAUCCAAAGACAAUGAACAGGCUCCUUCUGUUAAUGAGAAUGACCUGGCUAAUUUACCCCCGCAUGAAAAGUUGAACUUCACAAUGAGAUUGAAUCAUCAGAAACUGGAUUCAUUUACAAGCCAAUCAGAUUCAACGUACCAAACACUGGAUCCACUCACCAACCAAUCCGAUUCAGGUUAUGCAUCUCUGACUCACACCACCGACCAAUCACAUUCACACUACCAAUGUCUGAAUACUAGAACUCAGACUAACUCUAUUUACCACACCCUUCAUUCUUAAUGCUUACUUUUUCAUUUAUUCUUUUAUUAUGAUGUGAGACUAUUGAUUAAAAAUGUAACUGUUGGCAAAUUGCCGUGGUAUAUGUUUGGACAUGUUGUUAUUGGAAAAUAAUCACCUCAGGGUGGUAGUAGUAACUCCUCAUAACUGAUUAUUUUCCUAUAACAGCACACUUCAUUGUGUUUUUCUGUGCUUCACACGUUGCUCUUUUUUUCUGUUUUAUAUAUGCUAAUGAUGUAAGCUUAAAAAUGUUAUGUAAAAAAUGUAAAAUGUAAUACGUAUCAUCUAUAUGUGAAUGAAAUGUUGGUGACAUGAUGAAAUGGUGUAACUGACCCCAUAGCUGGUGAAGAUUGUAUCAUAACACCUGAGUGAAACCCUAUGUCAUUAUUAUAAGUGUAUUUGCAUAUUAAGUAAUUGAUUGCAAAUUCAUAUAAAGAAAAGAACAAUAAAUUAUUGUUAACUUCAAUAAUCAAGGUGCACAUGAGCAGUUCUUCAGCAAAAAAUAAAUGACAAUUUCAAAAGUUUGUUCUACGGAUACUGCAGUGAUCUUAAAUGUUAGGAAGGUGCAUGUUAAUUUACAAGGAACUGAUAAGGUUAAUAUGGAUGGUUCAUAUUUAAUUAUAAUAUUCAGUACAUUUACAAUGUAUUUCAUAUGUUAUACUGUAUGUUUGUCUUGUUAGACGUGUAAGGAGUGUGCAGUUUGAAGUGUAUAACAAGUUAAUCUAAUAUCAGAGCAAUGAUUGUUGUAAUGCUGGAAGGAAAACUUUUGCUUUUACAUAUGUGUAAUCUUAGUCAUAAUAUCCUUUCUUUAUUAAGGUGUUGGGCCACCACCGAUAAGGGUAAUAUAGACAGUGCUAGGGAACAUCUAUCCUAACAAACCUUAGACUCUUUCUGCAGGCCUUGUUAUGCUUUAUCAUAGAGCACUGAUGUCAUAUCACUUAGACUGUAAAAACAGCCGAAGGGAUUUCAUGCAGAUUUUAUUGUUAGAGCAUAAAAGUAACUGUCUAAACAGUAAGUAUGUUUCCCAUAAAAUGAAAACAUGUAAGCAGACAGUAGGAGGAGCUUUAAGAUCAAACUUGGGGGCAGCAAGUUUUCUAACUAACACAUCUCUUAGUUAUUUAAUAAACACAAACUGCAAUUUCCAUUAUCAAAUUAUGUAGUGAAUAAUAAUAAUAAUAAUAAUAAUAAUAAUAAUAAUAAUAAUAAUGUCUGUGUAAGCUCAACUCUAAUGGAGUGAGUGAAGCUGGUAAAAGAGAAUAAUUACAUUAAGUGAGGAAUGCUAAGCAAUAAACCAGACAGAAGGAAUGCAAAAACAGUAACUAACAGUUAAAUAUAAGCUGUAAAGCCAUAUGCUGUGGAUGGUCCACCUGACAUCUCCCUCACACAGCUAUCUAUGGAUGGCCAAGGCUUACACGUGUGGUCGGGACCCAAAAGAGCUUGUUUAUUCCAUUUAUAAUAGCUUGUUUGUUCCAUUUGUGAUUUUAAUAAUAAAUACACGGAAGAAGAUCACUAAUAUAGUAAUAUAGUUUUACAGAUUAUUUUCUCGAUACAUGACUCGCUGCUGUGUCCCAGAAUAGCCUUUAUACAACAGAAUGCUUUUAAUGAGACAGUAUAGAGCCAACUACUACAGGCUCAACCACAUCUAUGUUUCCAGACAUCACAGCAACCACGUCAUCAAGAUUGCUGAUGACUGCAAUGUCAUGAGGCUCGUCACUGACAUCAGUGAGAGGAAGCGAGGCAGCUUGAAGUCUGGCGUAAGGACAAUGAUCUCUCUCUUAAUGUCAGCAAGACUAAAGUGGUGAUUUUUGACUUCAGAAAGACCUGAGUAUCUCACACUGCUCUACACACUGGCAGUGUGGCAGUAAAAACAGUGAGCCACUUCAGUUUCUUGGGCCUGCACAUCACAGGCAACUGCAAAUGCUCCCUGAACACCUCGUCAUUAGUGAUGAAGGCACAACAGCACCUCUACUUUCUAACAAGAAUGAAGACGAACAGGCGUGACAUAGAGACAGAGAUGUAACUGAGGGGGGAUUUCGGGGUGAACCCCUGCUGAA